AGUCGUACGCAUGUUACCUUUUCACUUUCGGCUGCUGGUGGGGUCAAUAGAUAGCCGAAACAUGAGAUAUUUCGGUAUUUUACACCUAUCUCUUGUUAUUUACAUUUUUAACCUUUUAGUUUCUGGGGCGUUUUCAAGAUUGAACCUCAAGUAUGCGAUUUUAAAGCAAUCCCAAAGCCAUAAUCGUCAAAACGAGACUUUGGAAAAUCUCCAGAGAACCAAGUAUGAUGUUCAGAAGACUAUGCGAGUUAUAUUUUACAAAAACAACACGAAAACUUUGGAAGCAUCUGCCUUUGUGGACAAUUAUAACAUCAAAGCUUCAGGUUGUUCCACCUCGGACAAGUUUGCCAUUGUUCUUCAUGGAUGGAUUCAAAGCUGUGCUGACGAAUGGUCCAUCUCGCUAAUUGACCGCCUAAGUUUCUAUCGUGGAGGCUGUAUAAUUUGCAUAGACUACAGUGUAGUGGCCAGUUCUUCUUAUAUGCGAUUAUAUACAAACUUUGAUACCCUCACUAAAGCCAUCACUUCCAUUAUACUGACUUUAAUAAACCAAGGAUUCGACCCCAAAAGAGGAUACAUGUUUGGAUUCAGUUUUGGUGGACAACUGGCAUCGGCUGUGGGACGUUCUCUGUGGCCUCUCCAUGUCAUCCAAAACAUAGACACUUGUGACAUGGCUGGACCUGGCUUCGAUCCAAUUGCAGUGGACCACUCAAAGGCCGGAAAACAUGUCCAAUGCUUCCAUUCUAGCGCGGAUAAAGGCACCUUUAUCUACUCCUGCCAUCGAAACAUCAUGUUAGGCAGCUGUGGACUGAAGCAGCCUUCGGUGGUCAGUCAACUGCAUCUGGGCAGCCAUGGACUCUGCGUUGACAUCUACAUCAACACCUUCGACUACCCGUUCUAUGCCCUCAACUCGACGCCCCCUGAAUGUCUGUCCUUUCAAAAGGCCGCCAAGAUUCCCAAUGGAUACACAGUCGGCUACGAGGAGAACUUCGACAGCCAAGUCACUGGACAAAUUUUUGUUCCGACCAGUCUACAUUAUCCCUAUAAUUUAUCAAAAAAGGAACUUAGUGUUUUGGUAAAAAAUAAAGGAUAAAAACUUAAGAAAAAUAAAAUAAAAAUAUCAAUUAUGUAGUAUCUG